AUGGGUGAACAAAACACUGCAUCACUUCAAUGUUUAUCCAAAUUGCUGUGUUUAGCGCAGUCCGCAAAUGUUGAAAGUAGUGGCGAAGCAAAUCAACUCUUGUCUAAGCAAGAUCAGAAGUUUAUUGAGAACGCGGUAGCUGAAGCGAUGCACUUGGCUGACCCCGUGAAGCACUUGUCAAAAAAUAUCGAGCAGCUGAAAUUGAUCGCAAAAACUGAGGAUGAUGUUACUAGCAUUAAGCAAAUUGUAGAUAAUCUGGAGGAACUGGUUUGUGAUAUGGACUGCGCUGCUGACUUCUGCAAGUUGGGUGGUCUUGUUGAAGUAAUUAGGUUUUUGAAAAGUGAUAGUGAUUCAGUUCGAUGUGAGAUAGCUCGAUUAAUACCGUUAUUAGCACAAAAUAAUCCAAAUGUCCAGGAUAUCAUAUUGGAGACCGAUUUAUUACCUUAUUUGCUAAAUGUUCUGGAAGAAAUUAAUGCAUCUGAGGAAUUACUGAUGAAGGCUUUGAGCAGCUUGUCCUCGAUUAUUCGAGCACAUGAAAAAGCAUUCAGUCAAUUCCACCAACUGAAAGGUCUGGAAAGGAUCGAGAAUGUAUUCCAAAAAGCAGUAAAUGUGCAUCAAUUUAACCUAGCCAACAAAAUAAUUCUAAUUACAACAAGUAUAGCACUCAGUCUUGGAUCUGAUGUAAAGCAGUAUAAUAUUCUGCCCAUUUUACUACGCAUGACGCUACAGCUAACAUCAGAUAGCACAGGAUGCUCAUACUUUUUUGAAUAUGUUAUGAAUAAUAUUAUGGAUAAGGCAGUAGAUAACAAUGACCUCGAGAGUGAUGGAUUCAAGAUAAACUUUAUGGAACUUGAUAAUCAGUCCAAGCAACACUUUCGCGAUUUCUUGAAAAGGCAGAUGAACUAUGAGAAACAGUUAUCUUAUGAAGACCCCGAUGAAAUGAAUAUGGUAUUAGACGAGAAAUGUCAAGCUGGAAAUUUUGAAGAUAUCAAGUGA